CUUUGGUUAAUCAGUACGUAUGAAUAUUCCCUUUUAGUUUUAUGGAGUUUCUAUGAAUGUAUUUUGAAGAUGUGGUUUUAAGGAUUACAAAUUUCGAUAUACAUGAAAUUUAGGAUAUUUCAUAUUCAUUUUAAAAUAAUUUUCGUUUACUUUCGGAAAAAUAAACAUGUCAAGUUCUCGGGCACCAACUAAGAAACUGGCAGAAAAAUGGCGGAGACCAUCAGUGUCCGAUGACGUCAGUGUGUGUAAGAUAUGUAACAACGAUUUUGUAGAACCGCGCACCUUGCCGUGUAUGCAUUCAUUUUGUCAAGAGUGUCUUUUAGUUCUCUUGAAAAGCUACGAGCAACAGAAAAAGCUAGACCGCACGUUCUUCUGCCCGACCUGCAAUGUGCGUACCCCGUGCCACGUGCUAGGAAAGGUUACCGCUGAUUGGUUAAGAAUGUUUCCUAGGAAACACGUGCUUGACAAAUUGAAAGAAGCCAUAUUGGUUGUAGAAGAAAUGUGUCACCCUUGCUCUAAAUCAUGGAAGAUUACUCCGGCGAUAAAAUUCUGUACAGAAUGUCAGGAAUACAUGUGUAUGGCGUGCAAUGAGGACCAUAAGAGCAACAUACAGUACAAACAGCACAAAAUAGUCGACUAUGAGGUGAAAGAAAUGAAGAACACACCUGUAUCUAACAUUUCAAAGUUCCAGUGCAAACAACAUAAGUCUUUAAGAUAUACAUCAUUUUGUGAAAUACACCAAGAGUUCCUUUGCAACACAUGUAAGGAAGGUAUAGCCCAUCGUCAAUGUCGUAUAACACAUCGACUUAUUGAAGCAACAGGUAACAUAACUAAAGCCGAGACGAAACUUAACGUUCUUAAUUCUCUAAAACGCAACGAGCGAAAUAAAGGGAAGCAACUGUUGAAACUAAUAGAGCAAAUUGAUCAAAUUCAAGAUAAGCUAGAAAAGUGUCGUCUAAAACAAGUGGAAACAUACUGCAAUUAUGUAAUGCAGGCCAGUUUGACGGAACAAAAAACGGAAGCUGUUGACGCUCUGAAAGGCAAAGUCGAGUUUGUAAAGAUCCACCAAUCCCACGCUAUUGUCAAUAACACCAUCAAUAAUGUUGAAGAUAUCCUUAACAGUUAUACUCGUGCAUUUGCUGAUAUCGCUGAUGUUGAUGAUAAAGCUGUGAAAAUCGAAAUAACUAAAGGAAUUUCAGACAUUGAAAAGAUUCUGAGCAAACCAGCAUUCGAUGCAUUCGGUGCUAAAACUGACAUUGACACAUCUACAUCUGAAGUGCCAGAUAGAACAAAACAAGGUACUGCUACGAAAAAUACUUCAGUAAAUAUAACAAAGGAAGCUGCUAAAGGUGCUGAUAAUGUUUCCAAAAUAAAUGAUAAAGGGAAAGAAAAUUCCGAAGAGGAAGAAACGCUACACGUAUGCAAAAGACACGUAGAUGACACACUAGACGAAGAGACAUUUAUGAGACUAGGUGGCGCUUUACAGUCAGUAGGCGCUUUAUGUUACCGUAACAUGUCAUCUACCGCUUUUAGGGUUGGUUCUAAGUACGUGAUGACUGCUGCACAUACUGUUAGAGACAUUGUAGAUCCUGAUAGAUUAGGAAAGAUAGACUGGUCAAUUUUGGAGGGGCCCGGGGUAUAUUUAACAUUUACUUCCCCGACAUCGAGAAAUGAUUUGAAAAAGUAUCACCUAAACCAACUCGUUUCGUUCCUUGAUGACGAGCUGAAUGUAGCUAUUCUUGAGAUAGCCGAUAUCGACACUUUACCCCCUCCUCUGAUUCUUAGCAGGAAGGACAUAACUACUCUAAAUGUUCACGAGGUUGCAAUCAUUGGAUAUGGUCACAAAGGUACUCAUAGCAAACAUUUGGAUAUCAAAUGUCAACUGUUGGGACCCGAGUCUGACAGGGCUGUAAAGGCACUGAAAUGGUUGAAGUUAGAGGAGAGGAAACAUCGAUGUAACAUGUUGGUAAAACAACGAGAUCCACCACCCAUCAACUGGCAUUACGAUGAAAUAAAGGAAUCAUACAAUGUGGCUAUAGACUGCUGUAUGGAAUAUAGGGCACAGGGAGCCCCUGUCAUUACAAAUACUGGGCCAUCGGGAGCAGAAGUACUUGCGAUCGUAACGAGGAGUAUACCGGAAUGUUUUACUGACCUUCCUAAGAAAACGCAAGAACGCUGUCUGGCAUAUAGGUUUGAAACGGCUACAAAAAUGUCAAGUCUAUACGAGAGGCUAAAAAUAGAAACUCGCGUCCUUGCAGACGACAUCUUCAUAACAGAUAAAACAUUCUUUGAAUUAGGAAGUUUUGAUACAUUUUGUGUAUCUUCUGCUAACUUUGCAACAAGUACACCAAGACUCCCUCAAAUGGGAACACCAAAUGAUUCCGAUGUUGGAACACUGAGGUCGUCUGCUAGCAGUAAUUUUUGAUAACUUUUUUUUCAGAUAGAUUUUCGUUAAUUUACGAUGCUUUUAUAACAGAAAACUAAGCAUACAAGUACUUGGAACAAGAGAACGUCUUGGUAUAAAAUCAAUAAAUAAAUCCAUGUAAACCAGUUUAUUUGCGACAGAGAUAAGAUAAAAAAUAUUUGAUAAACUCUUUUUUUCAACUUCCUUAAACAAAACAAUGCUUUCCUUUUACUACUUUUUGCACAAAUGGAUAAUUUGAAUAUUCCGCAAUAACUGUUUAUUGAUUACGUAAUUUUGUUAACCAAGUAUUAAAGAAAUGUCGUAGUGAAUUUGUUAGUAAAGUGAUAUGGUGACUAUUUAAAGUGUUGGCUUGUACAUAUCUGAGUUUUCUUGAGCUCCUUGAACCAUUUAAUGCCAUGCAGAAUCGUCUAUUACAAUUUUGGUAUGGGUACUUGUCAACCUUUUCAUCAUUUAUUAAAUGUUUAGUGUUCGAAUAAAAAACAAUUUUACCUAAAAUAAACUUUUACCAUUAAGCAAAUAUAAAUCUAUAACGUAGAUGUGCAUUUUGAAACUUUAGAAAGAUUGAAGGUCAAGCUCGAAAUAAUCUUAACUGUUGUAAACAUAAUUCAAAUGAUAAACGAUCAUCUAAGAUGUUAUAAAAUCAUGUCGAAACUAAAUGAGCCGUGUCACGACAAAACCAACAUAAUGGGUUUGCGACCAGCAUGGAUCCAGACCAGCCUGCGCAUC